AUGUGCCCCACCAACGGCAAGCCCGAGAUCAUCGUUGAGAGCAACGUCCGCGACUGCGACAAGCUCGGCGUCAUCGCCAUCUGUCGCUUCACCUACCGCAUCCUGUCGACCAAGAUGGAGCGUCACCUCGACGGCGCGUGCCAGAACGGCUCCUCGUCGUCGGGCAAGUGUGCCCAGUUCUACUUCAAGGCCAACCCCACCUACCACGAGACGCUCGGCACCCUCCACAUCAACAUCGUGUGCAGCCAGCCUCUCACCGCGUCCGAGGUCCACUGGAUCCGCUGGACGGCCGACAAGUGGUGCAACACGCCCGUCAAGAUUUACACGUACCCCGAGAUCCCCAAGGAGCAGUACACCUAG